AGCAGAACAUUUGCCGGCUCGAACGGCCGCCGUCUGGCCCCCUUUGGGAGCUGCGCGAGCCCAGCAGUCUCCGCCUCGCCGCGCCGCGCCCGCCCCUGCGAUGGCAGGAACGAGCCCGGUGUCCGAGGCGGCCGCCCAGGACCUCGGACCCACGAUGGUGGAGGAGGGCGUCGCGCCCACGGCUGCCGCGGAAGUGGCGCGGCCUGUGGCAGGCCGCCGCCUCGUGCGCACCGUGCUCGCCGCGGCCACCGUGCUGCUCUUCGGGUCCGCCACGCUGGCCGCGAGUCUGCACCACGCGUGCGGCCUCGGCCUCCGCGUGGACGGCGUGCACGUCUCCGCGCCGGAGGGCGCGGACUCCGCCGAGGUGAUGCUCGACGCAGGCUUGGUGCGGCCUGACUGGUCUCCGCACCGCGCCUGGCUCCGGAGCGCCACGUGCCAGCUGCGGAUGCGCGACCUGGACGUCGCCGUCGAGGCCCCGGACGCGCAGCAUCAGGGCCCGUCGCGCGUCAAGCUCCACGCCCGCACGCGGGUGUUGCCUGCGGGCGCCGCGGCGUCCGCGCCCGGCGGGUGCGAGGUCACGUCCAGCGUGGAGCUUUUCGGCCUCGGCCUGCGCGUGCCGUGGACGGCGUGGCUUCCCGUGGAUCUCUCGGGUGCCAAGGCGCCCACUAUGUGGAUGCAGCGCAGCGGGAGCGUGACGCGGAAGGGCUCCUGGUCGCUGCAGAGCCCCAACGUGACGCUGGAGCAGCCGGCGCUGGUGGGCUGGCGGGUGCCCGCGGGGAGUUUCCCCGAGGCCCUGGAUGGCCUGCUCGGGAGGGCGAGCAUCAGCCUCGACGCCGCCGUCGCCUACGAGGAGAGCGGGGACCGCUCCGUGCGGCUGACACAGGCGGUCAACGCCAGCCUGGUCAUCGAGAGCGACGGCGAGGGCGGCUACUUGGUCUCCGCGCCAGCCCUCGUCACCGGCCACGUGCGCCCCGCCGCCUUCGCGGCCGCCCUCGGGAAGCUGCUCGUCGGCGACUCGCGCGGGGAGCGCGGCGGCGUCCACCGCUCGGUGCGGAUGGCCGCGGUGGCGCCGUCGUCGCCGGCGGCGCAGUGCCUGGGCGCCUCCCACGCGGUGGGUUGGCGCAGCCGCAGGGCGUCGGCCGUGCACGACCUGGCGCGCGGCGCGAGGCGGCUGCUGGGCCGCCGGCUGGCAAGGUCGCUGGGGGGCUCCGCCGGCGAGCGGCUGGUGCAGCAGCCGCCGCGGGACGGCCGUCGCCUGACUGGCGAGAGCACCACCGUGACGUUCUCGGAGAUGAUAUACGCAGAUGGGUCCGAGAUCGACAUUGAACUCAACGCCACCAUGACUGACAACGCUAUCGAUUUCGACUUGCAGUACGGGAUGGACGAGGCGACCCAGUUUGAAGUGCACCUGUCUGCUGCGGACUCUGCCGAGGCAGGGGAGGCCUCCCUGGACUUAGCCGUCGUGAUUUCAGACGUGGAAGUUGCCAAGGUCGAAUUUUCUUCAACCGACUCGACCGACGAGACGACGUUCUCCGUGCUGAUCAAGGCCCCAGACAGUGGCGAUACCAUCGCCAGCGUGUCUGCCACCUCGAGCGCAAGCGCUGGCGAAUCCCUCUCGGCUCGCGUCUAUAACCCCGAGGAUGGUACCGAGUUCAUUACCGUCACGGGUACAAACAGCAGUGCGUCUAUGAGCUUCUCGGCGGUCGUGAAGGACCCCAGUGAUUCCUCCAGCACCUUGCUUGACGCGUCUGCCGGGGCAACCUACACUGGUGCUGACACGGAGGACGGAACCUUGGAGGUCACGGUAAGCGUUGGAGGUGAACAGAUCGUGUUGAGCGGAACCUUGGCGGAUUCUUAUCGCACACAGGGCGGCUUUACGAUGGACGCCUCUCUCUCGAUUGCCGGUAGCACCGCAGGGCGGGUCGACGUCGAUGGCACCCACGACGACACUGGCUUGACUGUCGUCGCGUUGGUUGAAAUGUCCUCCGAUGGCAGCUAUCAGCAGAUUCUCAAGCUGGACCCUCUGAUUCUGGUGACGAAGAGUACAAAUUACACGGUCCACGCCACCGUCCACGACAGCAGUGACACAGAGAUGGGUACAGCUGGCGUGUCGCUCACCAAUGAACCUACCAGUGGGCAGGCGCAAGAUGUGGACAUCAAUCUGUUCAGCCCCAUGGACUCCAGCCUCAACGCUACCAUGUCCGUUUCAUUGGCCAGCGGACUGCUCGACAUGCUCACAGACGCAGCGGAAAUUCCCUGCCUGCAGGGUUCGUGCUCCGUGGAUGUGGGGCUGCACAGCCAGCACAUGGAUUUGGUCUUUUCGUCGAUGACAUCAGAUGAUCAGGAAGACUACCGCGCGGUUCUCGGCAUGACUGCACGCGACACGCUCUAUUACGCAGGGGCGUCAGUCACUGUGCAGAGCGUGAAUAUGAUAGCAGCAGACAUUCAGCUAGGCGACGGCAACUCGGCCAUCGCAAUCGACCAGUUCGCCAUGUCAUCCACUGGCACCAUCAAGGACGAAAACAACGAGAAGAUCAUUGGAUGGGAUCUGAGCGCCGACGUAUCAACUUCCUCUCAAUCCGUGGACCUGACUGUCGACAGCGGAUCCAGCCCCAUCCUCGAGGUCGACAUCUCCUUCUCCGAGCUCCUCUCGAGGAACUCGUCCGCGGGGGAGAUCAAGCUCGAAGGCGAACGGCUGGUCAAGUGGGAUGUCGUGUCGGAGACGUCGGGCACCGCGACCACCUUGGACGUGGACGUCUGGGAUCCGGAUGGCCAGCUUCUCACCAUCGACGCCUCGCAGACCGAGGACGCCUCGGCCGGCUCGGAGGUGCUCCUCGGGAGCGCCGCGGUGCGGAUGGAGAGCGGGCAGGCUCCCGAGGCCAUCGGCGGCGUCCGGCUCGAGACGGUCGACGCGGCCGGGGACCGGGCGACCUUCCAGCUCCAGGUCCUCACCUCCGAUCUGUCGACGCCCUUCUUCCAGCUCGACGCGGGCGUGGACUUCACGGCGGCCAGCGGGGUGCGCCUGCUCACCGACUGGGACGCCUCCGUUGAGGCGCAGAUCUGGGACCCGAGCGACACCGACGCGGGAGUGAUGAUGACCAUGUCGGUGACGGGCAGCAGCUCCGGGGGCGUGUUCACGUCUGGGAUGGCGAUGGAGGACAACGAAGGCAACCAGUUGAUGAAUUGGUCUAUGGUGGGAACGAGCAGUUCCGACAGCAUCACCACCCAUGGGAACAUCGACGGUGUCAUGGGCGUUACGCUGACCCUGACGAAGCCAGACGGGCGCCUUGACACGAUGACCGAGAUGGCCUUGACGCUGACGAUGGAGAGCAUGAUGGACGACGAGGACGACAACGAGAUGGAAGUGACGACGACCCAGCAGGGGCAGACUUCUACAUACGAGGACGGCUGGUGGGGCGAGGACGAUUUGGACCUGAUGGACAUGGAGAGCGUAUCUAUCUCACUCAGUCUUGGCUACGACGGCGCACACACAUGGGAUGUGACUGGAAGCUUGAUCCAAAACGGCGACACAUAUGUUUCAGUGGAGGCGCAUUUGCACGAAGAAUGGGUAUCAGUGACCUCUUGGGCCAAUGAGGAAAUCGGGGAUCUGCUGGGCGCGGGGUUCAUGUACGAGUACGUCAACGCCAGCAUACCGACUUCAGACUCCAGCGACAUGUGGGAGAUCAGCUACGUCCAGACCAGCGACUUCAUCGAGACCACCAAUCUCACCUGGCACACGGAUGACAGCGCUGGAGAGUCCAGUUUAUCUGUCAAGUCCUACGCGAUGGAACUGGACGGAGGCGUGUGGCGGUACAUCUUGUCCGUCAACGCCUCGGCAGACAUGACCGGUGGGCCUACUGAGUCUCCCACGCCGGCGCCACCAGCAGCGACGCUGGUCGUCUCGGGGAGCUUCAGGGCCUCCGUGGCAGCCUCCGAGGCCGAGGACUUCAUAAGCAACUCCGACGUCGUGGACUCGUUCGUGACCUCGAUCGCCACGAGGGUGGGCAUGCCAGAGUCGACGGUGGCGGUGACGCUCUCGGUGUACGGCGGCCGGAGGCUGGCGGCCAGAGGCGACCGGAGGAUGACGGCCGAGGCCGCCGAGAUCCUGGUCUCCUACACCAUCACCGCACAGGUGGGCUCCUCGGGGGGGGGAGGCGUUAUAAGCCAGAGCGCCUUCGACAGCAUUGUGGACACCCUGGAGAGCACCACUGCCGACAACUUCGUGGCAGACUUCAACACGCAGCUUCAGGGCACUGGGUCGGCAUCUACCUUCUCGGCAGUGGCGGCGGUGCCGAACUCGGAAACGGCCCCGACGACCACGGAUCAGAGCCCAAGGCCGGUAAAUUCUGGCGCCUACGCAGCAUUCCCGCAGGCUCUACUGCUGGCUACCGUCUGCAGGCUGCUGUUCUGAGUGCGCAAGGGGGCAGGGCACCGUUUCGAGAGCGUGGCAAACGCUACCUGCAUUUUCCGACCAUGAGCGGACGAAGUUCAGCAUGAGGUCUGGUGAGCCGUGGCAUGAAUCUUUACACGUGCUGGCCGCAGGUCGUACGCACAAUGCACUUGGCAUGUAUAGAUAUUUCAGGCCGAGUUUUGCAAGCAGCCACAAGCGCGCCGCUCAAAGGACUGUGGAGUGGCCCCGCUGUGCAUGCAAGCCCCUGCGACAAACACCGUAGCAGACUUGUGCAUCAUAUGAGUUCUUCUUGAUGUAUAGAUUGAUGUAUACAUUCGCCUUCUGAUGUGGCCCUCGUGACAGAUGGCCGCCCUCCUUUGUGACAGAUGGCUUUGAUGAGGCUCCGGGCAUUCGGCUGAGGUUCUGAAUUGGAACUCAGGUGGGCCCACGGCCAAUAGCGGGGUCGCCAAAUAGUGGCAGUCUCGCCUUGGAUUCUGCACAGAUCAGCGCGGUGUCAUCAGCAUCAUCGAUGGCAUCGUUCUCGCUUGCAUCGCUUCCAUCUCCCAGCGCCUGGGCAAAUGGAAAAAAGAACAAAUGAUGAGUGUUUUUUGCACGUCUUGCAGUUAAGGUAGACGCUAUGUGCACUGUGUCCACGUAUGAAAUCAUGUCUGCACGCCACGCAGUUGAUCAUAUCAUUCGGAGACUGUUGCUGUGAGCGCGGCUCGAACAAUUGGCGUAGCUCUAAG